AGCGAAGCGCAGAAUCUUAGGGUGGGGCAUAGCAACCGGUCUGCACUGCUCUAUAUAUACCCCGGCGGAUGUACUGAAAGGCAGUGAGAACAGAAGCAAGACAUCGCAACAAUGAUUGUUCACACAGCAAUACUUUUCAUCCUCCUCUCUGCGGAUUUUACGCUGGGAACGGAGAAACAAGUGAAGUUGGAAGAUAUUGAGCAAGACAAUCUAAAGAGUAAACAGGCACAACCGCACGAAGCCAAUCCCAGCGUCGCGGACUACACAGUCCAGCAGCAGCUGAACUACCAGGCCCAGCAGCAGCAAACUAAACAAAUUGUUCCGGACUACACAGUACAGCAGCAGCUGAACUACCAGGCUCAGCAGCAGCAAGCGAAACCAAUCGUCCUGGACUACACAAGUCAGCAGCUGCAGCAAGCAAAACCAAUCGUCCUAGACUACACAAGUCAGCAGCUGCUGAACUACCAGGCCCAGCAGCAGCAAACUAAACCAAUUGUUCCGGACUACACAAGCCAGCAGCUACUGAACUACCAGCCCCAGCAGCAGCAGCAACAAGCGAAACCAAUUGUUCCGGACUACACAAUUCAACAGCAGCUGAACUACCAGGCCCAGCAGCAGCAAGCGAAACCAAUCAUCCUAGACUACACAAGCAAGCAACAGGAGCAAGGAAAACCAAUCAUCCCGGACUACACAGGUCAGCAACAACAGAUCUCGCUGCAGCCCACGGGUUACCAACAUGGACUUCAACCUCAGUUGCAGUUCCAGGCUCCACCAUCAGGUAGCCCUGUCGCACUGUACCUGGCAGGCAAUGGCCUUGCUGGAAACUACCUUGGCAUCACACCAGAUGUCGCAUAUCAGAGCCUAUCUCAACAGUUCUACCUUCCUCAAAGCGGCUACUCCGGCUUGCAGUUUGUGCAAGUCCCACAUUCUCCCUUCAUCUACAACCACCAGCCGGCAUCUCCUAAACCACCCCAAGUUGCACAUUCUCCCAUCCAGAAAGCAAUUCCGACUGCAAACCUGCUUUCCUCGCACAUCUCCAAUGAGGUGCGGCCAGCGUACCAAAGACCUUCAGCAGCGAGCGCUGGUACCAACUUUAUUUACACACAACAACAAGCCUAUAAUCCCAUCCCUAAGGAAUUACAAAGUUACACCACCAUUCCAGACACAGUAUACCAGGGAAAGGAGCCUGAUACGCUGUACGAUCAACAACCGUCAGUUUCUAUAACACACGAUGGACUGAAUCAGUAUAACGCACUGUUCCAGCAACCGAAGCCUCAGAGGCCAACGUUCAGUUCGGGUGUGAAGUCAACUGGAUUAUCCUCAAUUAAAACAAUUCCAAAUGGUGGAAGAUUUUUGGCAAAUACUCGUAACUUCCCGGGAUUUGGCAUCAGUUACAGCAACUACAGACAAGGACCCGGGGCAUUUUAGGCUUAGUGACGUACAAACACUCGACUCCUUGAAAUCAUGUAGAGGUUGCCACAUUAUUCCAAUUGUGUCGGAUACGAGAAAGCUGUCACAGAACAGAUGAAUCAAGAAUUUGGGACAAAGACGUGAAAUCCUCAACCAAUAACUUGGUAUAACAAUGUCAGAUGGAAUUUUAUAGAAGAUACAGCGUUCUGUUUUCAAAAAAAUUUUUAUAUUACGUAUAAUUACAUGUAUCGAAUGUUACAUCGUAAAGAACACCCGUUCUUCCACCAUGCGAAGCUUUAUUCUUACGUAUUUAGCCUAAAGACAUACAUAACAAGCCAAAAAAAUCGAAGUUCUAUUACGAACUUCUUUUACUCUUAUUUAAACGCGUUAAAUAAAAAAAGACUUACAAGCUGCGUGCAACAUGUUUUAUAUAUACAUACAUACACAUACAAAUGAAAAGGUACAGCAGGUUAAGAUGCUGAGUUUAAAGUCUUCUGAGGUGCAGAGCCGGGUCAUCUGGUAGACAGUGCUUCUAACAUCAGGGCGCCCUGGUGAUGGAGACAGCAGAGACCUCUGAAACGUUGGUAAGCUUCUACUGGACGAUACAGCACUACAACCCAGAAGACAGCCAUCUUGGUACUCACCGCCGUGAUAACCUCAGAUCUUACUGAAUUUGAAGUUUACCACUCAUCUGGAUGCAGCUAAAAGGUUAAGGAUACGUGGAGAUUUAUGUUGAAGUUUUCUUACACUUAUUCCAAACGUUUCCAGUUUCGUCACUGACUGUCCAUUCUCGCACAAUUCCUCCCUUCUUUGGUUUUAAUUUAUCCUUCCAUCCUUUUCUUAAUAUUCUUAAAACAGAGGGCAGUUGAAAAGGGCAUUCAAGAAUUACCAUUAAGUAGAUAAAUUUGUUCAAGGCCACCGAUUGAGCCAAUAAUUCCUUUUCCUUCAUGAUUUAUAAUUGUCUGUAAUAUUAUUGCUAAAAUUAAAUACACAAUCAUCUAAGCCCAA